AUGUCGGAUCCAAAUUUCCCCGCUACAGGUCUACGCAUACAUCCCUCCGCUCCGGGACGGAGGUGGGGCAAGGCGUCUGCUGCUGAGAAGCCUCUCCGUGCGGUCGCAGCGGAAGCGGGAUCUGACCCCGAGAGCGCAGCAGUGGCAGAAAAUGUGCACAACUUGGAAAGGCCUGGCCAGGACUGGAGGACGGACUCGGCGACAGACAUUCGAGAGUUCGGCAUUGCCGGGCGAAUCUGGGAAGCAGCGUACCUCAUGCAGCUCUAUCUGCGGCCCCAACAGCCCGAUCGCAUAGAGUUCGAUCCGCCAUGCGACCUCUUCGCCAAUGACGGUACUCGUGAAACUUUGCGAAACACUGCACGCAGCUCCAACAUUGUCGAGCUUGGCAGUGGCGCAGGGUACGUGGGACUGCACUUGGCCAUCCAGCUCGAGGGCCAUCACGCUUCCUCGAGGCAGCGACACAUCGCGUCAGAUGGUCACGCUUCCUCCUCAACUCUGCCGCACUCACCUGCGAGAUUGUUCCUCACCGACUUGGACAAUGUCUGUCCGCUUUUGCGACGAAAUGCAGGUCUGGCUGGUUUCGAUUCAAGUUCGCAGCGCAAGGAGCACGAAGAAGCUGCUGCCGUCGAUGCUGUCCGCAAGAUCAGACGGUCGGUCGAGCUGCACGUCAGGCCGCUUCCAUGGGGCUCCUCACCUGCCGUGCAGGCGCUCAAGGACGAGAUCAACGAUAUACACGAUGAGAACAAGCUCACCCACAUCGUCUGCUCAGACCUCGUUUACUUUCCCGAAUUACUUCCUAGCCUGCUCAGGACGCUCGUCUGGCUCACCGACUUGGCGUCGCGGUCUGGCUUCGGUGACUCGGCGAAAUUGGACAGCGGCGGAAACGCCACAAGUCCGCUGGUGCUAAUCUCGUACAAAGUGCGGUCUCUGAUCAAAGAGCAGCCAUUCUGGACAGCGUUCGGAACCUGGUUCGAUUUUGAGCCAGUCCGCUUUCGGAAACGCUCGCACACAGGCUUGCCCUACAAUGACGCAUCGCCGACGAAGGCGAAAGCUGAACAAGGCAUUCGAAGCUUAUCAACAUCGCAAGAUCCUUGGACCGAGUGGGAUCACUCAAUGUACAUAUUUGUCGCGCGUAGAAAGGUGGGGACGCUUGGUUGCCUUCCGGUCGACGACGAUGCGAUGUUUAUGGACGGGUGGAGAGGGCAAAAACCCGCGCGCUGCAGUGCCGAGGUUGUUCAGGAUUCGCCGAGAAUAUCGCAGUUCACUGAGGGCGCUGACCAAUUCGAGUGGCUGCUCAUGUCCGAGGCUUCGUGCGAAUGA